CCGCUGCUUUUCUGUCCGCUAGCUAGCAAGUUGAAGAAUUAACAAGGCGAACUAACAAAUCGUUUUGGAACGUGUCUUUAUAAUUUGCAAAUAAUUGUUUUCCACCGUUACCAGCAAGUAGGGUAGAUCGUUUAAAUGCUUCUUUGCGUGCUGGAUCGCAUGUUAAUCGACGACAGUUAGCUAAAUUAGUUAGCUAAACGUUAGCUGGCUAAUCCAGCAAAGAAGAGGACUCAUUAACUUAUAGCAAGCAAGCUUUAUAUUGUUCAAGAUGAGUGAGCAGCUGAAAUUCAUCGUUGAACAACUUAACAAAGACCCGUUUAAGAAGAACUUUAAUCUCAUCACGUUUGACUCCCUCGAACCGAUACAGCUGCUACAGAUUCUAAACAAUGUUCUGGCUGAAAUCGACCCAAAGCAAGCUUUAGAUAUCCGUGAGGAGAUGCCUGAACAAACCAUAAAGAGAAUGUGUGCUCUGCUGGGAAUGCUUAAAUACAAACCUUCUGGCAGCCUCUCUGAUGUGAGCAGCUUUCGACAAGGUUUGGUGACUGGCAGCAAGCCCGUGGUCCACCCUAUUCUCCACUGGCUGCUACAGAGGGUCCCUGAACUGAAGAAAAGGGCUUAUUUGGCUCGCUUUCUGGUCAAACUGGAGGUGCCUGCAGAGUUUCUGCAGGAUGAUGUUAUCAAUGACACCUAUCACCAGUAUGAAGAGCUGGUGGAAGGUUUUAAGACCUAUCAUAAGGAGUGUGAGCAGCUGAGGACUUCAGGCUUCUCCACUGCAGAAAUCCGAAGAGACAUUAGUGCGAUGGAGGAGGAGAAAGACCAACUAAUCAAACGUGUUGAGAGGCUGAAGAAGAGGGUGGAGUCAGUGUCCAACCAUCAACGGAUGCUGGAACAGGCCAGACAGCUGCGAGUGGAGAAGGAGAGAGAGGAGUCACUGACUCACCAGAAGCAAGAACAGAGGAACCAACUGUUCCAGGCAGAGCAGAGACUGCAGAGAUCGCAGCAGCAGUUGAAGGAUUUGCGACAGGCAGCAGCAGAUGCCAAUCCAGAGAGCUUAAUGAAGAGGCUUGCAGAGGAGAUCAAGAUCAACUCCUACAUGGUCUCUGAGAAACUCCCCAAAGAGCUGGAGGGCAUGAGGCGUACAGUGCAGUACCUGCAGAAAAUAGCAUCGGAGCCUGCCAUGGGCCAGGCCGAUCUCCACGAGCUGGAGGACAAGAUCAAAGAAGUUGAUUCCCAGAUAAACCACCUGAUUGAGAAGAGAAUGAUGAGAAAUGACCCCAUGGAUGACAAACUGACCCUUUACAGGCAACAGGCCUCCAUCAUCAUUCGGAGGAAGGAGUCAAAGGCAGAGGAGCUUCAGGAAGCGAGGGAGGAGCUGGCCACAGCAGAGAGGGAGCUGAGGCAGAGGACCAGCCAGGCACAAGCCUCAAAUGGGGAAGAGGUCAUCCGCGGUGAUGAGCUGAAACGUUUGGUGGUGAAAUUGCGAAGCAAGGGAACAGUAUACAAGAAGAGACGUCAAGAAAUUGCUGAGUUGAAAGCAGAAUAUGGAGUCCUGCAACGGACAGAGGAAAUUCUGAAGCAGAGACAUGAGACGGUCCAACAGAAACUGCAAACUAUGGAAGCCGAGAAGGGCAUCUCCGGCUACAGUAACACUCAGGAGGAGCUGGAGAGGGUGUCGGCCAUCAAGAGCGAGCUGGACGAGAAGAAGGGCAGCACACUGGAUGACAUGUCUGAAAUGGUGAAGAAAUUAAACUCUAUGAUUGUGGAGAAGAAGUCAGCUCUAGCACCAAUUAUAAAAGAGCUGAGGUCACUGAGACAGCGGUGUCAGGAACUAAGCCAGGAAUAUGAGGAAAAGAAGACGCAAUACGAAAGCUGUACUGCAGGUUUGGAGAGCAACAGAUCUAAACUGGAGCAGGAGGUGAAAGCAUUGAGAGAGGAGACUGCACAGGAGGAGAACCGAUAUCAUUACAUCAACUCCAUGUCAGAGAUCGUUGAGAUGCAAAUACAGCGAGCAGCUGAAGAGAUGAAGGCCUACGUGUCCUCUGAUCCGCAAGAGAGGAAGAAAGCCAUCAGGGAAGUGUACAUGAAGAACAUUUCAGAACAGGAGUUACUUGGCAAGAAGUUACGUGAGAAGCAGAAGAUGUUGAGGGAGAGCCACGGCGCCAACAUGGAGCAGAUGAAGAUGUGGCGUGACCUGGAGCAGCUGAUGGAGUGCAAGAGGCAGUGCUUCUUAAGAGCUCAGAGCCAGGCAUCCAUUGGUCAGGUCAUCCAGGAGGGAGGAGAGGAUAGACUGGUGCUGUGAGGAUACAUCUAGGAAGGGUCAGCUGCAGGUCACCUACAGUACAUUCACUUCACAGAUUUAAAAUUCUACCUGAAUGCGACACAUCUACAUCUUUUUACUAUGUACUUGUUAUAUGUAAGCUGUUACUGGUCUCUAUAGUCUAUUCAAAUAACAGAAUCACAAGGUUUGUGUCAUGGUUCACUGGUGUUCAUCUUUUCCCUCCAUCUCGUCUGUUACACGCUGCCAUCCAGUAGCACUUUAUAGUUUAUCUUGCGUAAGACCCAGACCUGUAUCUUCUUUGUGUUGACAAGGUUUCAGACCCUUUGAGAAUCUGAAACUUAAAGAACACAUGUAUGGAGAGGUGUCGCACCACACUGGAGACUCCAUUUUGCCGCAUCUUUAAGACUACAUGUUCAAUCAAAGUGUCCAAAGAUAACAGCAUACAAAGUGGUGCACUUGGGAUGUGACCGUGGUCAACUAUUUUUGGCAACGACUACCAUGACCUUGGACAGGGUGUCUUGCCAAUUUUGGACUUCACUGGGGCGCCCAUUGCUGGACAGUGCAGAUGAAACAGUCAUAUUACACAGCUUGUUUCUAAUUUCUAUCACAACAUACACUAUUUUUCUAUUGUAGAUCCAUAUUUUAAGAUAACUUUUGGCAUUUAAGACAUAUAUAGGUUGGUUGUCUGUGUAUUUCUAUUAAAUUAACUUUAUAUUUUUGUCUCAUGUUUCAUUAUAAAACAUUUUAAAUGCUACUGCAUUAUGUUUUGUUCCUUUAGAGUAGUAUGAAAUA